UUAGUUCUCAUUCAUGGAACGGUCUGCGCAUCACCGUGUGAAGUCGAUCGCGCCUAAAGUGAAUAGAUUGGACACACCUGCUAUCAUCCGUUGAUUGCAUUAAUGUGACUCUCGGGCUAUGUGUAUGAAACUUAUAAAUAAAAAGCGAGAAGCUUUAACGACAGAGUUUGUUGCUCUCGAUCUAUGCACAAUAAAGUCCACUUUGUCACUUUCACAGCUAAGUAUUGCAGUGUCUUGUAUCCUGUGCUGUCUUUAUCUCUUCACAAGGAAUGGAAGGAAUGAAUAACACUUCACAAUCAAUGGGAGUUGGGCAACCUCACCAUCCAGUAAACCACACCAGACCAUUUUUCUAUGUUCAACCACCAUCUCAGCCUUAUUACAUGUAUCAGUGGCCCAUGAAUCCCUAUGGACACUAUGGGUUUCCAGGGCCAGCAGCAGCUUUGCACUAUAGUCGGCCUUACAUGGCCCCUUAUCAGUAUAUGCAGUACCCUGGGUACGUGAUUCCACAUGCACCCGUGCAGCCAGUUGAUUACAGAAGGAUCAACCCUCACUUCCCCUCAGUUGCAUCGUAUGACUUGCGAGUCCGCCACCACUUUCAGCAUGCGGCUAUGCAGCGGGAAACCGCCUGUUCUGAAGUCCAAACCGAUCCGAGUGAUUCAGUCAACAAACUGAUGGACAAAAUUGAGAGUCUCAAGGUCUGUGAACAAAAAGCUGGUGACAAGGGGGCUAACACGGUGGUGUCCUCUACCCCUGACGUGAUUCAGGGAGAGAAGCUGAUAUCUUUAAAUGAAGAGUCCAAGUUGGAACUCGCUUCUCAGGAAGGCCAGGAGGAACAGGGUAAUCAAGUCAGGCCCACAACCUACAGCGACUCUGCAUAUGAUGGUGAGUCUAGCCAGGGCAGACUGGAUGAUUGCGUGUUAUCAGAUGUUCUGCCUCUUGACAGUUCCUCCGUCCACGAGGAAGAGGAUGUUGUGGGAGAUGACCACCAACAGAGUGUUUCUGAUGAAACGUCCUGCCAAAAUGACAAGUCUCCAACCAGUGCCACUGGCAAUGUGUUUUGUAGUGGUGUGAUGAGCACCACAGGUCUAACAGAGUGUCACGAUUUGGAGAUGCCUGACUUGCGUGGAGAUGCGCCCUCUGAAUUUGAGCAGGUACAGAAUAUCUCUUCUGACGUUGCUGCAGAACCUCUGAUACAGCUGUCUGAAGAUUUCGAAUUGCCAUAUCAAAUUCUUCGGCUGCCCUGCAACAAGGCAACAACUGGCCUCAGUCUUGAAAGAGAGAUUGACCCACUUGUUUACUUUGAGUCUCCUUCUACUCUGUCUGCGCAAAACUACUUGUCCUCCAUUGGCGGUGCAUAUUCUUUUAGCUACUACCCUCAAGUGGUCCAAGAGCGCCAGAGUGUUCUGAGUCCAUCCAUAGACGAGCUCUCUUCGAGAGAUGAAAUGUUUUCUACCGACGCCGAGGAUCUUGACCUCAUUCCUGGACACGUGUAUGUGAGUGGAGGCAGACUGGCUGAAACCAGUGAGGUCCCCAUUUGCUCUCGAAAAGAGCUCCUGAGUGCAGAGAAAUCCUUCUUUGGCUCCCAGAAAGCAUGUGCCUGUUGUGGCUCGAGCUUGCAGGAUGAGGGUCAAGUGUGCAAAUUGCCAGAACACUGCAGCCAUCCUGAACGUGACCUCACCAAUGAAGUGUCUGAUCAAGAAUGCGAGUAUGACAUUGAAGGAGAGGUUCGGAGCAGUUGUGAGUCUCCAAGGGUGUCCAAGAGGAAGGGUUUCAGCAGGCAUGCACUGCCCCUAUGUGGUCAUCACUGUGCCAAGCACAGACACAGAAAGCUGGUAUGUGAGGGACAGGAAAGCUGUGAGCUGCGUGAACUGGCUCGGGUGCAUUCCAAGGGGGACUGCUGUGAGGAACAUGGCCCUCUGGCUAAAGCAGAUAAGAGAACUCCGAAGGGUUCCUUGUGCCGGCCUUGUACUGAUCGACAAUGGCGAGAGGGUGUGCCUGACCAAGAGACAUGGGCAAGCUGUGGUGCAAAGCCAAGGUCCUGGAGGCAAGUCCCUGGGUCUCAAGAUCAAGGGAGAAUGCCAUUAAGAAGGCCUUGCAAGACUCGCCUCCAGCAGAGGCCAAGAAGUGAAUAUGACGACUGCGAGACAGAUUUCACUUACUGCCAGAGGGGCAGAGGUAAUGUUUUAUUUUUAUUUUCAGCAAAUUGCCACGCAUUCAUGUUGACCUGCAACGUUUAUCCCAUCAGGUGCUAUGAAGAAAAGAGGCACAAGAUACUAAACCAUUAUGCACUGCUGUAAUACUUAAAUGUAUUACCUGAAAUUUGUGUAAAAAGCACUUUAAUAUGAAAUGCACACAUGGACACUGUUCUUUACUGUAUGUAACUGAAAACGUACGACAGUCAUGUACACCUUGCUGCAUUUCCAACGCUCGAGUUCAUUUUCUAUUUUGAAUGUAAUGCGUUCAUCUUAAUCUAGACCUGGGCUGCUCUCAUUGGACCGUGCCUUAACUCAUGCCCACAUGACCUCCUGCUGAUGUGGUGUAGAUCUUGCAUCAUCGUGAGGGCUCUGAAUGUUGAUAUGGUCAAGGAACGGUCCACUGAGACCAGUUUCAAAUAUUGGGCACUGGAGAUGCAGCUGGUUAAGGGGUGAUGCAAAAAAAAAGGAAAAGGGGAAUCUGUAAAAUAAAGUGGACAGUUUGGCUGCUCUUAGUCCAGAUGGGUCUUUUUGUUUUUAUUACCAUGCCAUUUUUAUACAUUGCAGUGUAAUGUUGCUACAUGUAGCUGUACAGUGUCAUUAAAGUAUCAUUGCACUUUA